AUGGAGGAUAUAGAAGACGAUGUUGCCUAUAGUGAGAAGGGUCCUGAGAAGAGUCGUACUUCUCUAGCUAGAGACAAGAGGGACCAGUUCAUUCCUGACUCUGAGGAUGGAGUACCAGUUUUGUUUGUAAAGAAGAAAUAUGGGUCAAUGAGGUUGUGCAUUAACUAUCGUCAAUUGAACAAGUUAACCGUGAAGAAUCGAUAUCCGCUUUCGAGGAGUGAUGACUUGUUUGACCAGCUUAAGGGAGCUAGAGUGUUCUCUAAUAUUGACUUAAGGUCAGGGUACUACCAGUUGAAGGUUAAAGAAGUCGACAUAGCAAAGAUAACUUUUAGGACUCGAUAUGGUCAUUAUGAGUUUCUAAUGACGCCUUUCGGUCUCACCAAUGCCCCAAGCACGUUCAUGGACUUGAUGAAUAGGAUAUUUCAUCAGUAUCUAGACCAAUUCAAAGUGUUUAUCGAUGUCAUCUUUGUAUACUCGCGUUCAAAGGAGGAGAUUGAUUAUCACAUCUUUUACUCAUUCUUUUAUGAUAAUGAAAUUGAUCUUUCAACUGUUGUUGGGGGUGUACAUUUCUGUGCCUUGAAACUGUAUAAGAAAACCCUCAUUUCUCAUACAUCAAUGGAGGUUUUAUUGAUGAAAAUGUCAAGGGAAGAUGGUGCUGUUAAACAAGAAGAAUACAUUACUCAAACUGCCUGCCAUGAAGAUGGUUUCUGUCCAAAAUCUAGCCAGGAGGAAGGACUUGAAUCAGCAUUGGAAGAAAACGAGAGGUUGAAGACGAUGAUAAAGCAAAUCCAGGAGAAUUACAAAUCUCUUCAACUGCGUUUCUUAGAAAUGCUUCAACAAGGAUCCGCCAUUGAAGGUGCAGAAGAAGAACCAGAACUCGUUUCACUUUCCCUUGGAAGAAGUCCAACUGGUUCGAAAAGAGAUGAUCAGAAGAGGACGACAACAACGACCAACAGAAAAACUGAAGCAGAUGAUGAUGAUCAUAACAUCAAUGGCGGUCUAACUCUGGGAUUUGAAAAUAAUUCAGAGUUGCCAAAGGAAGAAGAUGAUGAUGCAGGAGAAACAUGGCAGCCAGCGAGCAAAGUUCAGAAGAACACAAGUGGGGAUCAUCAUGAAGAGGAAGUAGGACAUAAAAGCCAAGUAAAGAGAGCUAGGGUUUCUGUGAGAACUAAAUGUGAAGCACUGACGGGGCAAAAUCUCAUGUAUGAUGGGUGUCAAUGGAGGAAAUAUGGACAGAAAAUAUCGAAAGGAAAUCCAUGUCCCAGAGCUUUCUAUCGUUGCACAGUUGCACCAGGGUGUCCUGUAAGAAAACAGGUGCAAAGAAGUGUCGACGAUAUGUCCAUCUUAAUCACAACUUAUGAAGGGAACCACAACCACCCGAUUUCGGAAUCAGCCACCGCCAUGGCUUCCACCACUUCGGCGGCCGCUUCCAUGCUGUUAUCGGGCUCUUCAGCAUCUCAACCACUCUCAACUGAACUCAAUGGACUCAGUUUCAGCAGCAUACAUGAUAACUCGAGAUCACCUUCGUUCCCGACGAUCACUCUAGACCUCGUCGGCUCUCCGUCGUCGUUCCUCACCAACUUCCCUACAACAUCCAGAUUUCCGUGGACGAAUCUCAACUUUUCUUCCCAACAAGACCAGUUUUACCAGACGUUAACAAAGGCAAUCACAUCGGACCCCAGCUUCAGAUCAAUAAUAUCUGCUGCCAUUUCAAUGGUGGAUCAAAGGGCCGAGAGUUUUGGUCACAAUCCGAUGCAGGCGACCGUUUCACAAAGUUUGAAGGAUCCAUCAUUAUGUGAAUCUGGCUACUUUAAAGGACUAGCAUCUUCAAGCUCUCGUAUAGGAAGUUCGCCUCAAUCAUCUUCCUUGUCCUUUUCGGUUUUCAAUAGUGCCUCUGCACUUGGUUCGGAUAAUAAAGAACCAAAAAAAUAA